CAAAAUGUAAUUUCAGCCAAUCAGCAAUUUUCAUAUUGACCGUUUGAAAAUUUUUAGGGAGUACGUGUGUGUGUGUGUUCACACUUUGACAUGGUGUGUUUUUACCAACCGUCACUCAUCACCGUAAGCCAAAAGUUGUUGUUUUCUUGAUGUUGAAAGAUUGCGCUAUUUUAUUUUGUUUUCUUUAUUCUAUCCACCAAUAAUACUUUUUUUGAGAAAAUAAAAUAAGAUAAUUCUUGUUUUGAAUUUUUAAAUUUAAAUUAAUCGUCAUUUUUUUGAUUUGAUUGUGUUUUCGUAUGACAAAAUGACCAAUGUUGAUUGGAUUGAGUUUGAACAGGAUGAUGCAUCCAUGAAUCUUUCGUUUCCAUCAGCUUUUGCUGAUUAUCUCACCGAAGAAUUGGUACAAAAUUUGAAAAAUAAAUUUAAUGAAAUCGGUGAAAUAUGGCGUUUUGUCGGCUUUCCAGAUUCAUAUCGUGAACAACAAACCGAAGAAAUUCGUCGACAAUUCAUUGAUUUAGCUGAUAGAUUACUUGCAACAAAUAGUAAAUUUCGUGAUGACGGACUAAAAUAUCGUGAAUAUAAAUUGAAAGAAGUGAAUAAGAUUCUCAGCGAUCUAUCAUUACCAUCAUUUCAGCUAUCUGAAGAAUUCCAAACAUUGAUUAUGCAGAAUAAAAUGUUGCAGAAAAAAUUUAACGAAUUGGUUGUGGUUAAAAAUGAACGAAUGUCUAAAUUGGAGAGUUUGGAGAAUAAAUUACAAAAAGUAAACCAAUUACUUGGCGAAAUUUAUCAACCAACCAAAUUUGUUACAGAUAUACCGAGUGAAAUGGAACUAAAAAGUUUAGCUUUAAUAUUACGUGACCGUGAAAAACUUCUUACUGAUCGUAAAAUGAAAUUUGAAUCAUUGAAACCUGCAUUAAUGAAAUUUACAAACGAUCUUGAAUAUAAACCGGAAAAUGAUGAUGAAAAAAUGUUAAUCGUAUUAAACAGAGAUAUUAUUUACUCACAAUUCCACAUUAACAAACUGAUGUCAUUUUUGAACAAAUUAUCCAGUUUACGUGAAACUGCUAAAACACAGAUUGAAAAACAACUUGAAAAAUUGCAACAACUUUAUAAUCGAUUGGAUAUUGAUCAAAAAGAACGCGAUCUUUUCUUAAUGGAAUUGGUUGGUACAUUACCAAGACAGCAGCAACUAUUGGAUGCUGAAAUAGCUAAAUAUGAGAUUAUAAAAAAGAAUAGUAUCGAAAAAAUAAUCAAAAAUGUUCGUAUUGAACUUCAAGCACUUUUCGAAAAAUGUCGAGUAUCUCAAUUCGAUGGCUAUCUAAUGGAUUCGAAUGAAUAUACAGAAGAAUUGCUAAACGAGCUAGAAGCUGAAUUUAAUGUUUUAAAAAUUUUUCAUGAUAAAUAUCAAGAAGUUUUUGAAAAAUUAAUCGAAUUUGAAGAUUCUAUGGAAUGUCUGAUAGAAUUGGAAAGAAAAUCAACUGAUCCAAAUCGUUUUAAUAAUCGCGGUGGUGCAUUGUUACAAAUGGAACGUGAUCGUAAAAUUUGUUUGAAAAAAUUGCCCAAAUUAGAAAAAGAAAUUCGAACAUUGAUCACAAUGAUUGAAACCGAACAUAAUAUACCAUUAAAUUCAUAUGGUUUGGAUAUUGAUAAAUAUUUCGAAAUGAAUUGGGAACAGCUUAAAGAUUGUAAAACAAUACCAACUACAUCAAAAAAUUCAAAAUCACAGAAUACUACAGAAAGUGCGAAAAAGAUUAAUCAAAAUGCCUUAUCAAACAAAAAAGGUAAUCGUAUUCCCUUUUCACCACGAUCAGUGAAUCAACGAGUUAAUAAACGUGAAUUGGAUGAACAGCCACGAUCUGGAAAGAUUGCCAAACGAAAUAUCUAUGAUGAUAUCGUCAAAGUUGAUGAGGGUGAAAAACAAUUUCAGAUGGGCAUUCAAAUCAAUUCGACAAUGAUCGAUGCGGAAAAUAAUCUUCCACAUAUGAAUCUUCAUACACCAUUAUCCAAAGCAACAGUUACAACACGAAUCCGUGAAAAUCGACGUCGUUCUAAAUCGGUAGAUUUUGUUCGUAAUCGACCAAGAAAUCGUAUACCAAUCAUAAUGAAUUCAAACAGUAGUAGCGGCUAUUCAUCAUCAUCGAAUAUAACCAAUGUUAGAACAGUACAACGACCGACACCAUUUUUACCAUAAAAUUCAAUUUUUUUUCAUUUGAUUUUGAUCAGUAUUUUUACAAUCAUAUUCUUACAAGACAUUAUUUCUAAUUACAUAACACUAUCAUUAAUAAACAUAAUAAUUGACC